AUGAACCGGUGCGUCUUCGACGACGCCAUCGUGCAACCCCAGCACGGCCUCGGCUCGAGGGUCGAGCGGCGGUUGGCGCGUGGCGGAGCAGCGGCGCCCGUCGGGGACUCGGACGCGCUCAUAGAGGGCGACGCCGACGCGUUGCUCGUGGAGGCUCCCGAGGGAUACGACCUGCCGACGCGAUCGCUGACGCGCCGCCCGGCGCCGCGCAAGGCGACGGCCGAGGACGUGCCCCCGUACGAUUUCGCGCAAUCCUUCGGCGCGUUCGCGCAGGCGACCAAGCUCACGAAACCGGAGGCGUACGCGGCGGAGAUGACCAUCGCGGCGGAGAACGCCGCGCUCCUUCGCAACUACGCCAUGUACCGAACGCUCUUUCCCAAACCCACGCGGCUGGAGGAGUUCGAAGGGGCGCAGAAGCAGGCGCUGCAGAACUUGAGCGUCGCGCGGGAUAAGUGGGUCGCCGCCGUGCGCAAGACGAUCGUCGUCGGGUUUAAAACCGCGGGCAAAGGCUGGUUCAAUUUAAAGGAAACGGAUCAGACGGCGUACGGGUACGGCAAGCUCAAGCGGUUCAUCAAGACGACGCAGCUGCGCAUGGAGGACACCCUGCGUUCGCUGACGGAGUCCAACGUGCGGGGGUUUCGAGAUUUCGUGCUCGAUCGGUGCGCGCCGAAGCUGACGGUGGCGGCGACGAACGACGUCCGGUUUGAAAAUCCCGAGGAGGAGAGUGCGUUUGGUCCGCUCUUCGCGGUGGACCUCGUCGUCAAGGAGGAUUCCAAAAAGUCGGAAAACUCCAGCUUCCAGUUCACCACGUCCGUCGACCGGUUCGAACCCGCGGUGCUGGACGUGUUCGAGAACGGCGUGUGCUCGCUGCACGGGAUCAAGUCCCUGGAGCCGGGGAUAAUGAGCCACCUGCACUGGACCACGUGGCCGGUCACCGCGUCGGUGCAGAUGACCGAGCCGCUGGUGGCGGAUGCGAGGAGUCGCGUCGCCGACGCCCUCAAAAACUCGGUCGAUUCCCUGAACGCGUACUACUCGCUGUACGACGAACACCUGCCGGUGCUCCGACUGGACGUCAACGCGUACGUCAAGUCGUUGCUGGCGCGAGACGAGAUCGAGGAGGGCGAGGGGCUCCGGCUGUUCACCGGGGAGAUUGCCGAGCACGAAGCCGGGUUGGCGAAGAUUUUGAACACCGUCCCGACGACGCAGGUCGUGGGCCCGUUCAGGGUGAACACGUCCCACGUGCGCGAGUUUCUCGUCGCCAAGUACGAGACGUUGAUCGAGCGGUGCAAGCAGCUCGUCGCGGACGUCCCGAUGCGCGUGUGCGAGGAGGUUUGCCGCGUGUAUAAAGAGUUCAACGCAAAGCUGACGACGCCGGCGGAGGAUCCGGAAUCGGUCAAGGACGUUCGCGACCACGCGGAGACGAUCCCGCUGACGUGCAACCAGCAGAAGGUGGUGCUGGACGAGGCGUACCCGUACCUGGACGCGCUCGAGGCGAUGCGGCGACCGUUGGACGACGGUCUCGGGAAGUUGCUCGCGGCGGCGCAGUUCUACCCGCGGCAGCUGGAGGACACCGCCGGGCUGGUCGAGACGCAGAACGCGGAGCUCAUGCUCAAGUUCCAGGAGGACCAGGCGGCGGAGCAGGACGACUUCUGGAGCCAGGCGAAGAACCUGGAGACGACCGUGUCGGAGCUCGGAGGUUUCACCGACAUGGAGGAGUGCGCGGUUAACGCGGCGCGGGUGGAGGAGAUGAUGGCGGAGCUGAAGGAGCUCCAGGCGAAGGCGGACCUGUACAACUCUCGCGAGGGCAUGUUCGGCGUCAAACAGACGGACUACGGCGCCGUGAAGAAGAUCGCGGAGCAGUUCGACCCGUUCUACCAGUUCUGGACGUACGCCCAGGGUUGGCGAGACGGUUUGGCGCGAUGGAGAGACGGCGCUUUCGUCGAGUUGGACGCCGAGGGCAUGGAUCGCGACGUCGCCGCCGCGUUCAAGGUGAUGUUCAAGAUGGGGAAGGCUUUCAACCAGCGCCAGCUGCCCGACUGCGCCAAGAACUGCGACACGAUCAGGCAGGAGAUCGAGGCUUUCAGGGUUUACGUGCCGUUGGCGCUGGCCAUGCGGUCGCCCGGCAUGCGCGAGAGACACUGGGAGAAGAUCAAGGCGGAUAUCGGUUUGGAGAUUCCGGCGACGGAUCCGGAGUUUACCUUUGGCGCGGCGAUCGAGAUGGGCGUGAAAGACAAGGAGGACGAGAUCGUGGCGGUCUGCGACGUCGCCGGUAAGGAAUACGGCAUCGAGACGGCGCUAGAGAAGAUGCACGGCGAGUGGGAGGGUAUCGCCCUGGAGGUGAAGGAGUACAAGGAGACUGGCACGUACGUGAUUCGAAUCGACGACGAACACGCGCAGAUGCUGGACGACCAGAUCGUCAUGACGCAGGCGAUGUCGUUCAGCCCGUACAAGGCGCCGUUCGCGGACGAGAUCGCGACGUGGGAGAAGACGCUGCGCACGGUCAGCGACGUGCUCGAGGAGUGGCUGGAGGUGCAGAGGUCGUGGCAGUACCUCGAGCCGAUAUUCGGUUCGGACGACAUCAUGGAACAGCUGCCGCUCGAGGGGAAACGCUUCGGCGCGGUGGACCGCCAGUGGCGAAAGACCCUCGUGGUCGCCGAGGAGGAACCCGGCGUGAUCGUCGCGUGCAACAAGAAGGAGCUGCUGGAGCUUUUCAGGGAAUCAAACAGGGUUCUGGACGGCGUUCAGAAGGGCCUGGCGGAGUAUCUGGAGAUGAAACGCCUGGCGUUUUCCAGGUUUUUCUUCCUGUCAAACGACGAGCUCCUGCAGAUUCUGUCGCAGACGAAGAACGCGCUCGCGGUGCAGCCCCACCUUCGCAAGUGCUUCGAGGCCAUCCACUCUCUGGAUUUCGAGAAAGACCUGAAGAUCACCGCCAUGAACUCGGUGGAGGGGGAGAAGGUCCCGUUCUCGGAGCACAUGUACCCCAAGGGCCCCGUCGAGAUCUGGCUGGGCGAGGUGCAGCGUAUCAUGAUUCAAUCGUGCCGACAGAGCAUCAUCGACUCCUUGGUCGAUUACCAGGCGCAGAAGCGCGCGGCGUGGGUCAAGUGCUGGCCCGCGAUGACCGUCCUAGCCGUGGGGUGCACCUACUGGACGUCCGAGGGCGAGACGGCGAUCAAAGCGGGGAAGCUGGCCAAAUGGUUCGACAAGAACAUCUCGCAGCUCAACGAUCUCACAGACCUCGUGCGAGGCAAGCUGUCCAGGCAGGAACGCGGGACGCUCGGCGCGCUCAUCGUCAUCGACGUCCACGCGCGCGACGUCGUCACGUUGCUCCAGAACCAAAAGGUCACGGCGCUCAGCGAUUUCGAUUGGGUCGCUCAGCUGCGCUACUACUGGGAGAGCAAGGAGGACGACGCGCGAGAGCAACCCGGCGAGCUGAACGUCAAGAUGGUCCAGGCGUCCCUGCCGUUCGGUUACGAGUACCUGGGUAACCAGCCGAGGCUCGUGGUGACUCCGCUGACGGACAGGUGCUACAUGACGCUGAUGGGAGCCAUGCACCUGAACCUCGGCGGGGCGCCCGCGGGACCCGCGGGCACGGGCAAGACGGAGACCACGAAGGAUCUCGCCAAGGCGCUCGCGAUGCAGUGCGUGGUUUUCAACUGUUCCGACGGUUUGGAUUACCUCGCGAUGGCGAAAUUUUUCAAGGGUCUGGCGUCGUCCGGCGCGUGGGCGUGCUUCGACGAGUUCAACCGAAUCAACCUCGAGGUGCUCUCGGUCAUCGCGCAGCAGAUUCUGACGAUUCAGAUUGCCAUCCAGCAGAAGCAGAAGAGGUUCAUAUUCGAAAACACCGAGCUCGACCUCGACGCGAGGUGCUGCGUUUUUAUCACGAUGAACCCGGGCUACGCCGGGCGCUCCGAGCUCCCCGAUAACCUCAAGGCUUUGUUCCGCCCCUGCGCGAUGAUGGUUCCCGAUUACGCGCUCAUCGGCGAGAUUUCGCUGAUGUCCUUUGGCUUCAAAAACGCUCGGCCGCUGGCGAGGAAGAUGGUCGCGACGUUUAAGCUCUGCUCCGAACAGCUCUCCGCGCAGGACCACUACGACUACGGCAUGCGCGCCGUGAAGUCCGUCAUCACCGCGGCGGGUAACCUCAAGCGCGAUUUCCCCGAGGACGACGAGGAGAUUCUGCUCCUCCGCGGGUUGAUGGACGUCAACGUGCCCAAAUUUUUGGCCCACGACCUUCCGCUGUUCGAGGGCAUCAUCAGCGAUCUGUUCCCCGGUUCGUCCAAGCCCGAGGCGGACUACAAGGACCUGAUGGCGUCGCUCGAUCAGUCCUGCGCCGAUCUCGGGAUCCAGCCCGUGCCCGCGUUCAUCAACAAGGUGAUUCAGAUGUACGAGAUGACCCUGGUUCGUCACGGGUUGAUGCUCGUGGGUCCAACCGGCGGCGGUAAGACGAUGAACUACCGCGCGCUGUCUACCGCGAUGACCAGGCUCGCGAAGGCUGGCUCGGACAUUUACAAGAAGGUCAAGUACGUGGUUCUGAACCCCAAGUCGAUCACCAUGGGCCAGCUGUACGGCGAUUUCGACCCCGCGACGCACGAGUGGGAGGAUGGCGUGCUCGCGUGUUACAUGCGCGAUUUGUCCGAGGAGCAGACGUUGGACAAGAAGUGGCUCAUGUUCGACGGCCCCGUGGAUGCCAUCUGGAUCGAGAACAUGAACACCGUGCUGGACGAUAACAAGAAGCUGUGCCUCGUCUCGGGCGAGAUCAUUCAGAUGAGCGCGACGAUGACGAUGAUGUUCGAGGUUGAGGACCUGGCGGUGGCGUCUCCGGCGACGGUUUCUCGAUGCGGCAUGAUUUACAUGGAGCCGACCACGAUGGGUUUCACGCCGCUGCUCGACUCCUACCUGCAGUCUCUGCCCGAUCUGUUCCAACCGCACGUCGACAAGUUCCGCGAGAUCUUCGACGCGGUCGUGCCCGGCAUGGAGGGCAUCGUGUUCUUCAUGCGAAAGAACCUGAAGGAGACUGUGACCACGGUGGACACGUGCCUGGUGAAGGGGCAGUUCAACCUGAUGGCCUCGCUGCUCAAGCGGUACGUGCGGGACCCGAUGAAGGGCGAGGAGCCGCUCAGCGGCGAAGAGAGGAGGAACGCGGACAAAGCCGCGGUUCCCCUCUGGAUCUUCUCGAUGAUUUGGUCCCUCUGCGCGUCCGUCACGGGUCCCGGCAGGCCGCAACUGGAGCAGUUUUUCCGUAAGAAAGCCGAGGAGCACGAAUUCGCCAAUUUCAUGCCGCCCGAGGGCAAGGGCGACGCGAGCAUGUACGAGUACUGCUACGACCAGGACAAGUGCAAGUGGGUCGAGUGGAUGCAGACCAUUCCCGAGUACAAGCCCAAUCCGGACCAGGCUUUCGCUUCCAUCAUCGUGCCCACGGCGGACACGGUGAGGUACACGUAUGUCAUCGACAAGUUGCUCCUGAACGACAAGCACGUGCUCUGCGUUGGCGACACCGGCACCGGCAAGACCCUGAACGUCAUGGACAAGCUCAACAACAACAUGCCGGACCUGUACGUCCCGAUGUUCAUGACGUUCAGCGCGCGCACGUCGGCUAAUCAAACGCAGGACUUCCUCGACUCGAAGAUGGACAAGCGGCGCAAGGGCGUGUUCGGGCCUCCGAUGGGUAAGAAGUACGCCAUCCUCAUCGACGAUUUUAACAUGCCGAUGCGCGAGAAGUAUUUCGCCCAGCCGCCCAUCGAACUUUUGAGGCAGUGGAUGGACCACGGCGGCUGGUACGAGCGCCAUCCCCCGUGCCCGUUCCGGACGCUGCAAGACAUGAUCAUCGUGGGUUGCAUGGGCCCUCCGGGCGGUGGUCGCAACCCGGUGAGCAAUCGGAUGCUCCGGCACUUCAACUUCCUCAGCUUCACCGACAUGUCCGACGAGUCCUCUAUCCGAAUCUUUGACACCAUUCUCAACUCGUACCUCACGAAGAAGUUCGACAAGGACGUCGCCGCCCUCUCUUUGCCCAUAUGCGAAGCCACCGUCAACAUCUACAACACGGUGCGAAGAGAUUUGCUCCCGACGCCUGCCAAGUCGCACUACACGUUCAACCUGCGAGAUCUCGCCAGGGUGUUCCAGGGCCUGCUCCGCGCGGACCCGCGCGUGGUCGCCGAGGACAGGAACGAGCUCUACGGCCUGUGGAUGCACGAGAACUUGCGGGUCUUCCAGGACAGGAUGGUGAACAACGAGGACAGGGAGUGGUUCCGCGAGUUGAUCGACGCCACCGCGAAGGAAAAGCUCGGCGUGGGUUGGGACGAGGUUGUCUCCCUGCCCGAGCCCAAGCGCCCUCCCGAGGAGGCGGACAACGACGACUGGGUCCCGCCGCCACGCGUGGACAGGCUCAUCUACGGCGAUUACAUGAUCCCCGGCGCCGAGCCCCGCGUGUAUCAGCGGGUCAAGGACAGGAGCGAGCUCCAACGCGUCGUCGAGGAGGCGCUCGACGAUUACAACGGGGAGACGACCGCGCCGAUGAAACUCGUGAUGUUCCUGGACGCCAUCGAGCACGUGUCGCGGAUCUGUCGCGUCAUCCGGCUGCCGCUGGGCAACGCGUUGCUGCUCGGCGUCGGCGGCAGCGGGCGGCAGUCUCUCACCCGGCUGGCCGCCGCCUUGGAAGAAUUCCACCUCUUCUCGAUCGAAGUCGCCAAGGGGUACGGGAAGAACGAGUGGCGCGACGACCUGCGUAAGGUGCUCCUGAUGGCGGGCGCGGAGGGAAAAGACGUCGUCUUUUUGUUCACCGACACGCAGAUCGUUCAGGAGAACUUCCUCGAGGACAUCAACAACAUCCUCAACAGCGGCGAGGUUCCCAACCUGUGGAAAUCCGAGGACGUGCAGACGAUGACGGAGGCGCUCCGGCCCUUGCUCCAGGCGCAGGGGUUGCCGACGACCAAGAACGCGGUCAACACGUUGUUCAUCACGCGCGUUCGCAGCAACCUUCACUGCGUGCUCGCCAUGUCCCCGGUGAGCGACGAGUUCCGUCAGAGGCUUCGCAUGUUUCCGUCUUUGGUCAACUGCUGCACGAUCGACUGGUUCAGCGAGUGGCCGCUGGAGGCGUUGGAGUCCGUGGCGAACACGUUCCUCGGCGACGCGUCCCUCGAGACCCCCGAGCUCCUGAAGGGCGUCGUCGAUACGUGCGUGUACAUUCACCAGAGCGUCGAGCGCAAGUCCAAGCAGUUCUUUGACGAACUGCGGCGGUUCAAUUACGUCACCCCGACUUCGUACCUGGAGUUGCUCCAGACGUUCAUACGGCUGGUCAAGGAGAAGCGCGAGGAGAUCAACCUGCAAAAGUCGAGGCUUCAGAACGGCCUCGAUAAGCUCUCCGACACCGAGGGUAAGAUCGACGUCAUGAAGCUCGAGCUCGUCGAGCUUGGGCCGGUCAUCGCGAAGACAACCGAGGAGGUGGAGGCCAUGAUCGAGGUCAUCAAGGUGGACACCGCAAAGGCGGACGAGACCAAGGCGCAAGUGCUGGCCCAAGAGGAAGCCGCCAACGCCAAGGCUGCCGAGGCUCAGGCCAUCGCGGACGACGCUCAGGCCGAUCUCGACAAGGCGCUCCCCGCGCUGGAUCAGGCGCUCAACUCGCUCAAGCUGCUGACCAAGGCUGACAUCGUCGAGGUCAAGGCGAUGCGCAACCCGCCAGCCGGCGUCCGGCUGGUCAUGGAGGUCGUGUGCAUAAUCUUCGGGCAGAAGCCCAAGAUGGUCGAGGACAAGUCCCCGGGCGCCAAACCGGGCGCCAAGGUCGCCGACUACUGGGAAGCAUCCUCUAAGAUGGUCCAGGACCCCGUCGCGUUUCUCAGCUCGCUCUUGGAGUUUGACAAGGACGGCAUCACCGCCGAGACGAUUGAGAAAGUGGAGCCCUACAUUCAGCGGGACGAUUUCAAGCCGGAGAUCAUCCAGAAGGUCUCGAAGGCGUGCACGUCCAUCUGCAAGUGGGGCAUCGCGAUGUACACGUACUACAUGGUGUCCCUGCAGGUUGCGCCCAAGCGAGCGGCUCUCGCCGAGGCGCAGGCGAGUUUGGAGGUUACCAAGAAGGAGCUCGCGGCGGCGAAGGAGACUCUGGCCGAGGUGGAGGCCAAGGUGGCCGGCCUCAACGCCAAGCUCGACGAGGCCAACGGCAAGAAGAAGGACCUCCAGGACCAGUCGGACAGGUGCGAGGCCCAGCUCGAGCGCGCCGGUAAACUCAUCGGCGGUUUGGGCGGCGAGAAGGUUCGAUGGAACAACACCAUCGUGGCUCUCGACGAACAGCUCGGCCGCGUCGUCGGCGACGUGGUCAUCUCCGCGGGCGUCGUCGCGUACAGCGGCCCGUUCACGCCCUCUUUCCGGACCGACCUGCUCAAGGAGUGGUCGGAACGCAUGGUGGACGCGAACGUUCCCCAUACCCCGGGCGCGGAUAUAACGUCGACGCUGGCCGACCCGGUGCAGAUUCGCUCUUGGAACAUAGCCGGGUUGCCCUCCGACGGUCAGUCGGUGGAGAACGGCAUCAUCGUCGCCAAGGCCCGUCGCUGGCCGCUGAUGAUCGACCCGCAGGGCCAGGCGAACAAGUGGAUCAAGAACAUGUGCAAGGAAUCCGGCAUCGACGUCAUCAAACUGUCCAACAAGGAUUACCUCCGGACUCUGGCCAACGCCAUCCGCUUUGGCCGCGCCGUGUUACUCGAGAACAUCGGCGAACAGCUGGACGCCGCGCUCGAGCCCCUGCUGCAGAAGCAGACGUUCAAGCAGGGCGGCAGCGAGGUGAUCAAGAUGGGCGACGACAUCAUCCCCUACCACCCGGACUUCAGGUUCUACAUGACGACCAAGAUGCGCAACCCACACUAUCAGCCAGAGGUGAGCGUGAAGGUUUCGCUGCUCAACUUUUUCGUCACGCUCGACGGCCUGGAGGAUCAGCUCCUCGGCACGGUGGUGAUGCAGGAGCGGCGCGACCUCGCCGAGGCGAAGAACCAGCUCGUGGUGUCCAACGCGCGCAUGAAGGCGCAGCUCAAGGACCUCGAGGAUAAGAUCCUGUACAUGCUGAGCAACAGCACCGGGAACAUUCUCGACGACGAGGAGCUCAUAAAUACCCUCGCGCAGUCCAAGGUCACCUCCGACGACAUCACGGAGAAGGUCGCCGAGGCCGAGGUCACGGAGAGGGACAUCGACCAGACCCGAGAGAAGUACCGGCCGGUCGCGACGCGGGCGUCCGUGCUCUUUUUCUGCAUCAGCGACCUCGCCAUCGUCGAUCCGAUGUACCAGUACAGCCUGGCGUGGUUCAUCUCGCUCUUCAUCCGCGGCAUCGAAGAGGCGGAUAAACCGGAGGAGAUGGAGGACGAGGAGGCGCGCGCCAAGCUCCCGGCGGACGACGUCGAGGCUCGCAUCGAGAUUCUCAACGAGUACUUCACCUACUCGCUGUACAACAACAUAUGCCGGUCGCUGUUUGAGCGGCACAAGCUCAUGUUCUCGCUGUUGCUCUGCGUGGCCAUCAUGCAGCAGCGGGGCGAGAUCGACGCGCAGGAGUGGCGGUUCUUACUCGCCGGUCCCACGGACACCAACAUCUCCGCGAAGAACCCCGCACCCGAGUGGGUAACCGAGAAGGUCUGGAUCGAGGUGGUCAACGCGUCCAACCUGCCCGCCUUUGCCGGAUUCUCCGACGCCUUCGCCGCGAGCGUGGACCACUACAGAAAAUACUUUGAGAGCGGCGAGGCGCACCGUUUCCCUCUGGAUGACACCUUCGACGGAAAGCUGAACGAGUUCCAGAAGCUGCUGGUGAUUCGGUGCAUCCGACCCGAUCGGUUCAUGCUCGGCGUCACCGACUUUGUGUCUGCAAAGUUGGGCAGCCGGUUCAUCGAGCCGCCGCCUUUCGACUUGGAGGCUUGCUACGCGGAAUCCAGGGUGGACGCGCCGCUCAUCUUCGUGCUGUCCUCGGGUGCGGAUCCGAUGGCGGACCUCCUCAAACUGUGCGAGGAGAAGGAGAUGCUGCAGCGGUUCGACCAGGUGUCGCUGGGCCAGGGACAGGGGCCCAAGGCGGAGGCGAUGAUCGAGAGGGCCAUGGAGGAGGGCAUGUGGGUGUGUCUGCAAAACUGCCACCUGGCGGAGUCGUGGAUGCCCAAGCUCGACGUCAUCUGCGAGACGAUCGACGCCGAGGCCGUGCACCCUGACUUCAGGCUCUGGCUCUCCGCCAUGCCGUCCCCCGCGUUCCCGGUUGCGAUCCUGCAGAACGGCAUCAAGAUGACGCUCGAGCCCCCUAAGGGUUUGAAAGCCAACCUGAUCCGAUCGUACACGAGAAUCACGGAUGAGUACAUGGACGAGUGCAAGGACCCGGCGAGCCACAAGAAGCUGCUGUUCUCCAUCUGUCUCUUCCACGCCGUGAUCCAGGACAGGCGCAAGUUCGGCCCGCUGGGUUGGAACAUCCGGUACGACUUCACCGACGGCGACCUCAACAUGUGCCAGCGCCAGAUCAAGAUGAUGAUUGACGACUACGAGGAGAUCCCCUACAAGGUGAUCCGCGUCUUGUGCGGAGAGAUCAACUACGGAGGAAGGGUCACGGACGACAAGGACAGGAGGCUGAUGAACAACCUGCUGAACAACUACAUCAUCCCCGAAGUUCUCACCGACGACUUCACCUUCAGCCCCAGCCCGACGUACCCCAGCCCCAAGGCUCAAAACGUGGAGGAGUUUGUCGAGUUUAUCAAGUCGCUCCCGCUGAUCCCGCAGCCCGAAAUCUUCGGCCUGCACGAGAACGCCGACAUCACCUGCGACCAGAACGAGACGUACUCCAUGUUCGAGACGAUCCUGUCGCUCCAACCCAGAGUCGCCGCGGGCGGCGGCUUGUCCAGGGAGGAGGUCAUCGGAGCCGCGGCGCGGGACAUCUUCGAUCGAUGCCCCUCGCCCUUCGACAUCGACGCCGUCGGUCACAAGUACCCCACCGACUACAACCAGUCCAUGAACACCGUGCUGACGCAGGAGUGCAUCAGAUACAACAACCUCAUCGUCGUGAUGCGCAGGACCCUGCAGGAGUCGCUCAAGGCGCUCAAAGGUCUGGUCGUGAUGACGGAUGAGCUGGAGGCGGUGACGGAUUCAAUCUUCGACAACCAGGUGCCCGACGCGUGGGCCAGCAAGGCGUACCCGUCGCUGAAGCCCCUGUCGUCGUGGGUGUUGGACCUGCUGGAGCGCAUCAAGUUCAUCAACGGGUGGAUCGAUAACGGCCCGCCCCCGGUCUACUGGAUCAGCGGAUUGUUCUUCCCGCAGGCUUUCCUGACGGGGACGCUUCAAAACUACGCUCGCAAAAACGGAUUCGCCAUCGACUCCAUCCAGUGGAACUUUGUCGUCCAGGACACUAAAACCUACGAAAACACAACUGAACCGCCGCAGGACGGCUGCUACAUCACCGGGUUUUUCCUGGAGGGCGCGCGAUGGGAUUACGACACCCACUUGCUCACCGAGUCGAGGCCGAAGGAGCUCUACACGGAUUUCCCGCUGAUGUGGCUCGAGCCGUGCAAAGACCGCGUGGCACCGACGUCCGGGGUGUACAACUGCCCGGCGUACAAGACGCUGACGCGCGCUGGGGUCUUGUCCACCACCGGACACUCCACCAACUUUGUGAUGUACCUGGAGGUGCCCACGGAUAAGAGCGAGUCGCACUGGAUCAACAGCUCGGUGGCGCUCUUCACGGCGCUCAUGUUUUGAUUUGAUGUCGACUUGACGAGCGCAAUCGGAGAGCCGUUUCAGAGCGGAGAGAGAAAGAGAAAGAAAGAGAGAGAGAGAGAGAGAGAGAGGGAAGAAGGCCCCGCGGGCGCGUUCGAUCAGGUGGAUGAUUUAACCGUCGUCUCGCGCGCGGGGCGUGUACCAUCAAGAUAGCCAAACACCU